UAGCCGCAUACCCAUGCCUAGCCGCAUACCCCCCAACUAGCCAAAUCUAAGAUUAUAUAUCCCAGCGCCAACGCCGCAGGGCCAACCAUCAUCGUGCACGAAAUGGUUGCUGCCUACUCCUCCACUGCCGCUCUUCCUCCACGCCGACUCCGUCCGCGCCUCUCUAUCGAGAAAGAAGAAGCCGACGAUCCCGUUGGCCGCAGUCACCUCAGUUCCAAUUCCAUGUCCGUAAAGCAGCGGCGAUCUUUGCUGCUGGUGGAGAGGUAUCGAGACGGCAUUGUCAAGAGAUAUGUUUUGGAUGGUGGCUCAAAGCUGCAAACUUGUUGGAAGAGGGAUGGAUCCUUGGAAAACGCAGAGCAAGAACUAGAAAACUCAGUCUUUUCUUUGAUUCCCUCCAUCUUUAAGGAUUUUAUACUUCCUGCUGGAUAUCCAGGAUCUGUUUCAGAUGAUUAUCUAGAGUAUAUGUUACUGCAGUUCCCCACAAAUGUUACGGGAUGGAUUUGUCACACAUUGGUCACAUCAAGCCUUUUGAAGGUUAAGAUGCUAGAGGUGUUGCUGUUUAGAGAAUAUAUUGAUAUUUCUGAGGAGACAUUUCAGCUAUUCAAUAUCUGUCUUAAUCAGUGGGCUAUUAUAGACUCUCCGUCAUAUAGAGGGAUGUGGACUAACCGCUUACGAGUAACACAGGCUGUUGGUGUAGGCUCUUUCGCAGGAAGUACUGCUGCUGCUUCUGCUGCUGCUAUUAGAUGGGUGGCGAAGGAUGGUCUAGGAGCAAUUGGACGUCUAUUCAUUGGUGGGCUUUUCGGGACUCUUUUUGAUGAUGAUCCAAAGCAAUGGCGGAUGUAUGCUGAUUUCAUUGGCAGUGCUGGAAGCAUCUUUGAGCUCAUCACUCCAUUAUAUCCUGCAUACUUCCUGCCACUGGCAUCCUUAGGAAAUCUUGCUAAGAUGCCACUGACAUUGGACAGCUAUACAGGCUAUGGCAAGGGGCCUCAAAGAUCCUUCCUUCCGUGUGAUCCAAAGUCAUUUUGCCAUCUCAGAGAAUCUUGGAGAGGUUGCCGCAAAGGAAGAAGUGUGGGAAGUAACAGCUCAGCUCGUUGGCCUGAUGUUUGGUGUAGUUGUCAUGGUAAUUAUUUAAAAAGACACUCCUGGAGUGCAAUCAUCAUAUGCGACGUUGGUUUUUACUUGGCUGAGUGUGCGUCUGCUGCAUCUUUGGCUCCGUUAUCAGUCACUGUCUGUUCUCAAGUUUCGCACAGUAAGAUAAACCUUAAGCGUGCUAGAGUUCUUGUGAAAUCACAUGUUUCAAACCACACAGUUCCGGGAUAUGUUGAUUGCAAUAAAGAGGAAAAUAUAUUAUGUUGGGAAAGAUUCUUGCAGCCACAAAUUACAUUUGCUGUAUCCAUGGAGAGUAUGAUCGGCAGUGAAGGGACUAGUUGCAUGGUGAAGGCUCUUUUAAGGUUAUACGCAAAGGAAAAAUAUGUUCUCUUCAUGAAUCAGCGGGGAUCGAGAGGGAUUGCAUUCUACGUAACAUUCAAGGUGGGAGCCAGUAGCUUGACAGUGUUGAGAAGCCUAUGGCAGGCGCAUUGGCUCCAGGAGCAUCAUCACCAGUGGGAAUCUAACUUUGUCUUCUCUUUGCUGGAGGAGAGCCUCCGGAAAUUGGAAGGCGGAUUCAUCAACUUCCUUAGGCUAUUGGAAGAAGCUGGUUGGGAUGCAGGGCAAAUUAAUCUUAAGGUUCCCAGCGAACUUCUUUUCGGGGAAGAUCAGUUCCAUGCUGAUACUGGCUGCUCGUAGAUGAUGGCAGUUGCUACCUGCUAGCCUGCCUGUUUAGUGAGCCGAACGUUCUCAUUCAGAACUUCAAAAUAUUGCUCCGAGAUGGGCAGAGUGUGAUGGUGUGAAGACAACAGUAAGAGAAACAUCACAAGAACAUGAUGAAGAGUCUUUUUUUACUCGGCAAUUGCUAAAUUUGAGUGUUCAACUCGCAUGGGUUACUUUCAUUGGUUGAUUUUAGCCAAACUGUCAACACUAGAGGAACAGAAGUCACGUACUCCGAAGAUAAUUUAUUGUGGCAGACAAGAGCCUGUGUCUGUUAUUAAUGCUGUAAUGAGCUCCAAUUUUUUUAUAAGAUACAUUUCGGUAAGAUUUGAUAUCAUCGUACGAAUCUGGGGCAGAAAAAUCUCCUCGCUAAAAAAUAAUUGCCUUGUACAAGAUUGGAACUCAUCAAAUUGCCUUGUACGAGUAUCAGGCUUCCUGUGCUAUUUUUGCUUAUUAAUAAAACUGCCGAUGGUUUUGAUUA